UUUACGAUUGGCCCGACACAAGUGAUCGCCAGAAAGUUUUAUGUUCCAUUGAAGCCCAAAUAAGUGGCUUCAAUUUUUGUCACUCCAUAUUUACAUUCGCGUGCACUGAAGCUACCUUCCUGCAAUGAGUAACAUUACUCAGUAAACAAAAAAGUAUGUGAGGUGAAGAGUGUUAUGUGUCCGGGGAAAGCUGCCAUACAAGAUCAGAAUAAUGAACCGCAGUUCGUACUAUGACUCACAGUAUAAUUCGAUGCAAGUGAAGAGACGGGACAAGCGGAAGACGUUGAGCUUCAAACGGAAGUCUACAACCUCCAGCUCGAGGGUGUCGGUUGCCUCCGAAAUAAGUGAUCCUGUCGAUGUGCAACGCCGGAUUCAUGUCUACCAUAAUUCAGAGACGGGUGCAUUAGAAGGACUGCCCUUAUCGUGGGUGCGCGCUAUCGAAUCCGGUUAUCAAGACGACCAAGGUGUGAAGUGUUUGUACGAGGUUUAUCCAAUUGAUAAGACCUUCCACGAACGAAUGCGCAUAAAGAACGAACAAUUGAAAAAACACUCAAUCAGCACAUAUCAGAAGCUCAAGAACUGGUUCAGGAAAAAGUCGCAACCCGAGGUUCUGAGUUUUCCGACUGACUUUCACCACCCAGUGCAUGUUACGAGAAACCCAGCGACAGGAGAGCUCGAAGGAUUGCCACAGGAAUGGCUGAAGGCAAUGGCGGAGUGACGAUUCCUAGUGGACCUUUCAAAGUACAAAACACUUCCCUUACACAAUAUCGCUAGGAAAUAAUACCAAGUACGGGACUGCAUCGUCACUGCAUAUGUUCAACCCCCUAUCGAAUGCGUGAUAAGGUCUCCGAUAACGUAAACAUUUCACCAAGAAUUGUGAUAAUUAUGUAGAUUUAUUGGCUAAGUCGAAUGUAAAUUUAAGAAGUGAGUUAUCAUAAGUGACAGAAAAUGUAGGAUUAAAGAAAGCUGUGAAUAUAUCGAAAAUAAUGUA